CGGCGGCGGGUCUGGGGCUCGGGGCGCUCGCCGGGAUGGGGGGACACGGGGACAACUACUACGGCAAACACGGAACGCCACAGAAAUAUGACCCGACUUUCAAAGGUCCCAUUUAUGACAGGGGCUGCACUGACAUCAUCUGCUGCGUCCUGCUGGUCGUGGCCAUCGUGGGCUACGUCGUGGUCGGCGUCGUGGCCUGGACCCACGGGGACCCCCGCAAGGUGCUCCACCCCACGGACAGCCGCGGGCAGUUCUGCGGGCAGCAGGGGACCCCCAACGAGAAAAAACCUUUCCUUUUUUACUUUGACAUCGUCAAGUGCGCGAGCCCGCUGGUGCUGCUGGAGUUCCAGUGCCCGACCACGCAGAUCUGCGUCAGCAAAUGCCCAGACCGGUACCUGACGUACCUGACGGCCUCCGGGAACGCCGCCUCGCUGGAAUAUUACCGGAAUUUCUGCACCCCCGAGUACAAGGGCCCGCAGAAGGCCGCCAUCAAUGUGCUGAAGGACAAGGAGUGUCCGGCCAUGCUCAUUCCCAGCACCCCACUGGCACGGAGAUGCUUCCCGGCCAUCCAGGCCAAGAAGGGCGUCAUCAUGGUGGGCAACAAGACGACCUACGAGGACGGCUGGGGGAACCACAGGAACGUCACCGAGCUGCUGGAAGGGGCCAAGAAAGCCAACGUGGUGCUGGAGACCCGGCAGCUGGCCAUGAAGAUCUUCGAGGAUUACACGGUGUCCUGGUACUGGAUCAUCAUAGGCCUCGUCAUUGCCAUGGCGGCCAGCCUCAUCUUCAUCGUCCUGCUGCGCUUCCUGGCCGGGAUCAUGGUGUGGGUGAUGAUCGUGAUGGUGAUCCUGGUGCUGGGAUACGGAAUCUUCCACUGUUACAUGGAAUACGCCAAGUUAAAAGGAGAAGCGGGGUCAGAUGUGUCCCUGACUGACCUGGGCUUCCAGACUGACCUCCGUGUCUACCUGCACCUGCGGCAGACAUGGCUGGCGUUCAUGAUCAUCCUGUGCGUGCUGGAGCUGGUGAUCGUCCUGCUGCUCAUCUUCCUGCGCAAGAGGAUCCUCAUCGCCAUCGCGCUCAUCAAGGAGGCCAGCAGGGCCGUCGGCCACGUCAUGUCGUCGCUGCUGUUCCCCUUGUGCACCUUCUUCUUGCUGUGCCUCUGCAUCGCCUACUGGGCCAGCACUGCUGUCUUCCUGUCCACCUCCAACGAGGCUGUCUACAAGGUGUUCAACGAGUCCGCGUGCCCCUUCUCUGGGCAGACCUGCAAGCCCGAGACCUUCAACACCAGCAACGUCACCAAGCUGUGCCCCGACGCCCAGUGCCUCUUCGCGUUCUACGGCGGCGAGACCGCCUACCACAAGUACCUCAUCGUGCUGCAGUUCUUCAACGUCUUCAUGUUCUUCUGGCUCGCCAACUUCGUCAUCGCGCUGGGCCAGGUGACGCUGGCGGGCGCCUUCGCCUCCUACUACUGGGCCUUCAAGAAGCCCGACGACAUGCCGGCCUUCCCGCUCUUCUCCGCCUUCGGCCGCGCGCUCCGGUACCACACCGGCUCGCUGGCCUUCGGCUCGCUGGUCCUGGCCAUCGUGCAGGUCAUCAGGGUGGUCCUGGAGUACCUGGACCACCGGCUGAAAGCCGCCGAGAACAAGUUUGCCAAGUUCCUCCUGAGCUGCCUCAAGUGCUGCUUCUGGUGCCUGGAGAAAUUCAUCAAGUUCCUCAACAGGAACGCCUACAUCAUGAUCGCCAUCUAUGGCACCAACUUCUGCACCUCGGCCCGGAACGCGUUCUUCCUGCUGAUGAGGAACAUCAUCAGGGUGGCUGUGCUGGAUAAAGUCACGGAUUUCCUCUUCUUCCUCGGGAAGCUCCUCAUCGUGGGAAGCGUGGGAAUCCUCGCCUUCUUCUUCUUCACCCAGCGGAUAAAGCUGGUCCAGGACACGGCGCCGCCGCUCAAUUACUACUGGGUCCCGAUUCUGACGGUGAUCGUGGGCUCCUACCUCAUUGCCCACGGGUUCUUCAGCGUGUAUGGCAUGUGCGUGGACACCCUCUUCCUCUGCUUCUUGGAAGACCUGGAGCGCAACGACGGCUCGGCGGAAAAGCCCUACUUCAUGUCCCAGGACCUGAGGAAGCUGCUCAAGAAGACCAACAAGGCCCAGCCCGAGGCCUAGGGCGCCCGGCGCCGCCUGUCCCACGUGGGAUUGGCCUCCGUGGACCUUGGACCACCCCUGGCGGGCGUGGGUGGACGGGUGAAACGCGGAUUUUCGAUGACUCGGCCUUAAAUCCUCGCGCGGGUAAACGAUGACGAGCUUGGCGCCGCUAACGGGACUCAGGGCCUCCCCUGUGCCAGUGCCACUCCUGGGGUAAAACCCCCCAAUUUCUGGGGAGGGUCAGCGACUCCAGAGCGAGUUCGAUCGUGUUUGAUCCCAUUUUGGUCCCAGUGAACCCUUCUGGAGUCAGCCUGGGGGGGAUCUGGUGGUGCAGGAAUGAGCCAGGAGGUUCAGGCAGCUCCUCGUGGGGUGUUCUCCUUGUGGCCCCCCCUAAAAUAUUGAAUUAUGGUUGUGCAUUCCUGCCUGGAGAGCUGGGACGGGCUGGAAUCGCUUCCCAUCCCUCGCUGCCCUUUGUUGACACCCCAGGGCCCUGCUCUGGGCCCUAAUUAAUGAAUUCUUUUAGGAAUAAGCUAAUUAUUGCUUCUGUAGCCAGUGUGAGGGGUGAGGGUGGUGGGGAACGAGGGGGCCACCAGCAGACUUUGGGGCUCGAGGCUCUGCCCAGCUCUUGCACCUGCAGCUUCCACAGAUUCCCCCCCCAAAAUGUGCAUCUGGUCCCCCAAAUUUGUCACUUUAGGGCAAACCCUUCCCCAGCUUCCCAAAUGCUUCACCUGCGUGAGGGGUUUUGGGGAGGGGGUGUGGGUGGACCUGGGGAGGGGUUUUGGUUUCAUUCCAGGUGAUUUUAGCAAAGCCAGUGGCAGCCAACAACACCUGCCUCCAGCCAGGAGGGGGGGGAAAAGGGAUUUUUUUUUUUCUUUUUUUUUGGUGUGGAAAAGGGGUCAGUUAACUCUAAAAUGUAAUUAACUCAAAACUGAAGUGUAACAGAAUUAACCCUCAGACCCUGUGCAGCCACACGAGCAGAGCCACCACCAGCAGCUGGGCUUUUUUAGGGCUCAUUUGUUUAAAAAAAGGACUUAAAAGAAAUGCUCUGAGGCUUUGGGGGGACACAAUUCCCAGCUCCCAGAGGCUGGGGAGGGGUCCCACCUUUCCCCCCUCCAGCGCUCACCUGGCUCCAGGAAUUUGGUGCUGAGGGAUCCCUUUGGCUUCUUUUUAUCCCAAUUCCCUGCCACCUUUGGGUUUUGUAUCGUCUGGGGGGGAACGUUUGUAUGGAAUUAUCCAAUCCUUUGGGGGCUUUUGUAUAUUUUGCUUUUCCGGGAUGUUUUCGGUUCCGGUUAUUUGGAGCUUUUCCAGUGAAUUUUUGGGGGCGCGUUUCAGUUUCUCUGACGCCUCCGGGCAGAGCUUCCCUGUCUCUUAAUUUCUCUUGAUUUUUCUUUUUAAAACUCCCUAAGUUUUCCCCUUUUCCCCCCUCGUUUUUUAGUGCAGCUGAUCAGUGGACUCCAGAGGAGUGGAAGGGAAAAUUGAAGCCCAAAAAAUGAAGGAAAAUGUAAAACUAGAAAGGGGAAGGGAAAGGCAGAAAAAUGAAGGGAAAGGUAAAAACAAAGCUAAAAAAAGUAACAGUAAAGCUCAACAGAAAUGAUCAAAUGAAGCUAAAAAGAGGCAAAUCCUCCCUGUUUGGGACGAGUGGGAAUAAUUCAGGGAAUAAUCACCAGACCUUGUUCCACUUACAGCCAUUCCAGCACAUGUCCUGCAGCUCCUGAUGCUCAUUCUGGAUUAAUUCAGUUUUUUUUUCCGCUCCCUGUGCAGGUUUCAGGGUGGAUUUGGUUUUAUUUCUGCUCAGAAUGUUCGUGUUGGGGGCAAAUUCUCCCUCACUCCUCGAUUUUCAGCUGUUUUCCUCCCAAAUCCUGACCCUUCGGGUGUGGGAACCCUGUGGGAAGCAGAUGAGGAGUGGCAGGAACUGGGUUUAUUUGCUUAAAAAGGCAAAAACCAGCAGGAAUUUGGAAGGCUGGGAGGGAAAGCGGUGAAAGAGAGAAGAAAUUUGGAAAAAUGUGUUCCUGGGGAAGCCGGGCUGGCUCGGCUGCCUCCCAGCAGCACGGGAUUUGAGGAGAAUUAUGGAUUUUUAUUCCCAAUAAACCCAAGUGGCUUUUUAGAGGUGAGGGGAGCAGUGAGGGAAAUAUUCCUGUAAAUUGGGAAAUUUACAGGAGUAUUUCUGAGGUUUUUUUUUUUGGAAAACUCAGAGCGAGGGCGGCCGUCUGGGGGGAAUUUGGUGUCCAGAAAAGCUUCACUCCAAGGCUGGGUUCCUGCUUCCAGGCAAAGCUCCACGUUCAAGGCAUUAAACGAUGGAAUUUAGGAAUAACGGCGCUUUUUCCCCCCUGUCUAGAAAUGUGGCUUCUGUCCCUACAAACCCGAUUGUUCUGCGGGCAGGGAAAACCAACCCUGAAUCCUAAACAAUGCUAAACCUGCAGGGCUGAUGUUUUACAGGAAAAUGCUCGUUUUUCACGCGUUUUUGAGGCAUUAAGGGUGCUGUGACACUCCGGAGUCUCUGCAUCGCGACCAACAAUAAAAAAGUGCCUGUUUGGA